AUGAGAAUAUUUUAUACAAAAAAAAUGAAGUCUUUGCUCCUCUGCUUCACUCUCUGCAUCUUCGCCAUUGCCGGGGCGGAUCUAGCUUCCGACAGAGCCGGCCUGGUGGCCCUCCGUGCCGGCGUUGGUGGCCGCACUCUCAUGUGGAACCUCUCUCAGGCGAGCCCGUGCUUGUGGACCGGUGUGACCUGCAACAACGAGAGGGUCACGAUGUUGCAUCUUCCCGGAGUGGGUCUCUCCGGGAACCUUCCGAUGGGUUUGGGGAACCUGACCCAACUUCAGACCCUUUCUCUCCGGUUCAACGCUCUAACCGGACCCAUUCCACCCGAUUUCUCCAACCUCUCUGUCCUGCGGAACCUCUAUCUGCAGGGUAACUUUUUCUCCGGCGAAAUUCCCGAUUUGGUGUUCGGUUGGCAGAACUUGGUAAGGUUGAAUUUGGGUGGCAACAAUUUCAGCGGAGAGAUCUCUCCCAAAUUCAAUGGGCUCACUCGUUUGGAUACACUGUAUUUGGAGCACAACGGGUUCACUGGGUCCAUCCCUGACCUCAGUGUUCCUCCCCUUGUGCAAUUCAAUGUCUCGGACAAUAAGCUAAGUGGGUCCAUUCCUGAGAGGUUUUCGAGUUUGGACCAAAGUGCUUUUAUUGGGAAUUCCCUCUGCGGGAAGCCCUUGCUAGCUUGCCCUGGAACAACGGGGAAGAACAACAAGUUGUCUCGUGGAGCCAUUGCGGGUAUCGUCAUUGGUUCUUUGAUUGGUGUGUUGUUGAUUCUGCUCCUUUUAUUCUUUUUGUGUAGAAAAAGGAGCGGGAAAAGUGAUUCGUUGGAUGUUGCACCUGCUAAGCAUGAUGCUCUUCAGAAGACUGAUAGGGAUAGUGAGAGUAUUAGUGCGAGUAAUUUGGCUUUAGCAUCAGCAGGGGAAAGGAGUGAUGUUAAGAGUGGUGGUGGUGGAGAUAAGGGUUUAGUGUUUUUUGAGAAUGUGAAUAAACAGUAUAAUUUGGAGGAGUUGUUUAGGGCUUCUGCUGAAGUGCUGGGUAAGGGGACAUUUGGAACCACUUAUAAGGCUAACAUGGAAACGGGGUUUAGUGUGGCUGUGAAGAGGUUGAAAGAUGUUGUCUCAACGGAAAAGGAAUUCCGAGAGAAAAUUGAGGAAGUGGGGAAGAUGGUUCAUGAGAACUUGGUCCCACUCAGAGGUUAUUAUUUUAGCAGGGAUGAAAAGCUCAUUGUUUAUGAUUACAUGCCCAUGGGAAGCUUAUCUGCACUCUUACAUGCAAAUAAUGGAGCUGGCAGGACUCCACUGAGUUGGGAAACAAGGUCUGCCAUUGCCCUUGGUGCUGCACGUGGGAUUGCAUACCUACAUUCACAUGGCCAAACAACCUCUCAUGGAAAUAUCAAGUCAUCAAACAUCCUUCUCACCAAAUCUUAUGAACCUCGUGUCUCUGACUUUGGCCUUGCUCAUCUUGCUCUCCCAACCUCUACACCAAACCGUGUUUCAGGUUACCGUGCCCCAGAGGUCACUGAUGCCCGCAAAGUUUCCCAAAAAGCAGAUGUCUAUAGCUUUGGUAUAAUGCUUUUGGAGCUCCUAACAGGGAAGGCUCCUACUCAUUCUUCACUGAAUGAAGAAGGGGUAGACCUACCAAGAUGGGUCCAAUCUGUGGUUCAAGACGAGUGGAAUACUGAAGUUUUUGACAUGGAGCUUCUAAGGUACCAGAAUGUUGAGGAGGAAAUGGUGAAGCUCUUGCAGCUUGCUCUUGAUUGUACUGCUCAAUAUCCUGACAAGAGACCUUCAAUGGAUGUGGUGGCAAGCAGGAUUCAGGAAAUUUGUCAUCCUAUUUUAGAGGAAGAGGAGGAGAAGAAUCAUGGUUCGUUUAAAGAAGCAGAUAAUGGAGUUUCCCAACAGUACUAUUCUGUUGAUUCGGGUGCAUCACAAGCUUGAAUAUAGAAUUCAGAAGAGAAGAGACCUCAUUGUUUUCAACUUUGACCUGUUUUUGGCAUGCAUAUUAUACUGUGCUUUGUUUAUUCAUUGAGGGAUUAUAGAAACCGUUUGUGAUCCUUUGUCUUUUCUCUCUCCCUCUUGUUAUUCCAAGGAGUCUUGGUUGGGGUUUUCUAUUCCCCGGUUUAUUUAUUCAUACUCUACAUUCACCAAAGACAUUUAUUUAUUUUUAU